GGGAAUCAAAUGAUGUAACACGAGGAAAGUUCCGGAGUACUGUAAGGUCACACAGAAGCUUCUUAAACCCUUGCACUCUACUCUUAAAUUACUGCGUUGCUACUUUUCUCACAGACGCAAAAUUUAUUGAAUAAAAAUGCCAAGAGGAAGCAGAAGCCGGACAUCAAGGGUCGCCCCUCCAGCCAGCAGAGCCCCUCCUCCACCUCCUCCCAUGGCGCGAGCUGCACCUCCUCCUGCCCAUGCUCCUGUUCCUAUGCAGGCACCUCCUUCAGCCGUUGGGGCUCCAGCAGCUCCCAGACAGCCUGGUAUGUUUGCCCAGAUGGCAACUACAGCUGCUGGUGUGGCAGUAGGUUCAGCAGUGGGCCAUACGAUUGGUCAUGCUAUGACAGGAGGCUUCGGCGGAGGACAUUCAGAGCCGGCAAGGCCUGACGUCACUUACCAGGAGCCUUACCAGGCACAACCAUACCAGCAGCCGUACCAGCAACCAUAUCAGCAGUCACAGUCUAUGUACCAACAAGAGCCUCAGCAGCAACAGGCCUGCUCAUAUGAGCUCAAACAGUUCAUUGAGUGUGCCCAGACUCAGAGCGACCUCAAACUCUGUGAAGGCUUCAGUGAGGUGCUCAAACAGUGCAAGUUUGCAAAUGGGCAAUCAUCAUGAGGCCGCUGGCUGCAGUUAUCAUCCUACUAAAUAAUAAAAACAGAAUACAAAACAAUGCUCUUUUGUCAGAUGUUGUUGUAUUAUAUUUAUAAACAUUAGUCAUUUCAUAUAGAUAAUAUUGGCUUUUGUUUAUAUUUAAUUAAGUACUUGAUUUUUUUAGUUUGUUGUAAUUUUCCUCUACAUACAUUUACUAAUACAGAGCAAAUGGGAUUUCUGCUAUAAUUUGUCAAAAUCACUGUUCUUCAUCUACUUGAUUUGCAAUAAAUAUAAUAAAACUCAACUAACCAAA